AGCCCCCCAAGCCACCGACUCUCUUCCCCCUUGAAAAACCCGGUGAGAUCUUGAUGAAUUUCUCUUCCUUUCUUGUUAAAUCAUAAGAUUUGGGGCUUAGAAUCUUCCCUCUCAACCCAGAAAAUUCCAGAUCUGCUCUGCUCUGUCUUCCCCGCCGGCUGCUCUUGCUUGUGGGUGUGAUUUUCGGUCUUUCUUGGUAAGAAGCAGCCAUGAAUUCAUCUCUUUAGCUUUGAAUUGCCUUGGGUUUACCUUAAUUGCUCUCGGUUCCUUCAAUUUUUGCAAGCCCCGUGAAUUGCCCCUGCAGAUUGCCGCCGGCCUCUCCCCCCCUGCAGCUCUGGUUCUUGCUGGAAAAUUCUGGAAUUAUGUUAAUUGGGCUGCUUGGUGAUUUUGGAGAAAAAUCCCGUGAAUUAGCUAGUGUUUUGGCCAAUUUUAGAAGUGCAGUUACUGUUUACGGUACUGUUCAUAGAACGAAUUUGGAGAUAUUUGAUCAUGUGGAGAUUGAUAGAAAUAGCAUCGGGAUUAAGAGUGAUCUUAACGAUGAUUUCAGUUUGAAUUUAUGGUGAUACGGUAAUUAAUUUGUGGAUAUUUUGAUUAGGUUCUUGAUCGUUCUGUCAGUUUAGUAUGUGAAUUGAGUGCUCGGUUUUGCGGAGUGAGGUAAGUAAAUUAUGGUAAUGCCUUUCGAUUUUAAAAGCAUGUUUCAAUUUGUUUUUGAAGUGGUGGCGGGACUAAAUCCGUUUUAGACAAGUAUGACUGAUUUGAAGUGAAAUGUUUUAUGCUUUUCAUUAAAUUGAGCAUGCCUACUUGAAAUUUAAGUGACUGUCCUGAUGAUCUGAAAGUGAUUGUGAAUUGUGAUUUUCCUGUUAACUUUUGCCUGUUUUGUUUCCGAUGUGGUCAUGUUAUUAGUGACCCUGCUAGUGGGGGAGGUUAUAAACGCUAGCACAUGUCGACAUGUUAUUGACAGAACCGGUUUGUGAGUGACCUUGCUAGUGGGGGUUAUACACCAGCAAACAGUGACCCUGCUUGUGGGGAUUAUACACCAGCAAAUAGUGACCCUGCAUGUGGGGGUUAUACACCAGCAAAUAGUGACCCUGCUUGUGGGGGUUAUACAUCAGCAAACAGUGACCCUGCUUGUGGGGGUUAUACACCAGCAAACAGUGACCCUGUUUGUGGGGAUUAUACACCAGCAAAUAGUGACCCUGCUUGUGGGGAUUAUACACCAGCAAACAGUGCGCCUGCCAGUGGGUGUUAGACGUUGGCUGUGACCUAUAGAGGAGGAGACGUCUAUUUCGUUCUCGUAUUGUAUCCGUUUUUUGUGAUUACACAUGUUGGCAUGCUAUAAGUUUAUUAAUGGGCACUCCAUAUUUACUUACUGAGUUUAUCUCAUAGUUUUCCUUGUCCACCAUUUCAGGAAGUGAAAUCGAGGACGGGGAAACCACAGGAAGUGACGAAUUAGAAGGUUAGCUAUUUCAAGAUUGAUUUAGAUUCUAGAAAUCGUGAUCUUGUAAGCUAGAGUGUAUUUGGAGAUUUAU